GUUGGACGACGCCUGGGCCGACGGCGUGUCUGGGCCCGCGCUGCAGGCGACUGCCGCCGGUGGCUCGGGCGCCGGCUGCCCCGGCCCUCCCGCUGCUGCUGGGCCCGCGAUGCCCCCAGAUACGGUAGUUGGGCCUGUGCGGCCCUUGGUGGUGGACAUCAGCGCGCUCUCGCGGGAGCAGCUCGUCGCGGAGACGCUCGCCAUUUUCGAGGCGGCUGACAGCGCGCGUGGUUUCUCAUCGGCGAAAAUUGACUGGAUGGAGGACGAGUUCCUGCGCGCACAGCUCGUCAAGUUGAGGUCCGAGCUUUGA